CGAGAGAGAGAGAGGGAGAGAGAGAGCCCUCAGCGUCUUGUGCGAAAUAAGGUAACUGUUAACGCGUUCAAUGGCAUCGCAGCGUUCAGCUCUCGAUUCGCAAAUAUUUAUAAUCGGAUGCGGCAUUUCAGGAAUUGGUGCUGCUCAGAAAUUAAUCAAGCAUGGUUUUCGUAAUGUACACAUCAUAGAAGCAACUGGAAGAAGCGGUGGCAGAAUACAAACAGGCCGGCUGGGUGAUAACAUUGUGGAGAUUGGUGCUAAUUGGAUCCAUGGCCCAUCAAAGGAAAAUCCAGUGUUUCGCUUGGCAUGCGACUACAGACUCCUUGACAAACAGUCAAUGUCUGAAGAAAACCAGCAAAUUAAAAUGGAUGGCCCUACGCUAUUUAAUCCCAACUGGUUUUCCAGUUCAGGUCAAAAACUGGGGCCUGAAGUCAUGGGGCCAGCAAUGGAGCUUUUUAUAAAACUAAUGGAAAAGAGCCAGCAGUUCAAUGAGAUCGGCGGAGAGCCUUUGCCCAGCGUUGGAAAGUUUGUUAAGACGGAAGCUGAACGUCUGGCCCCAGAAGAGUGGAAGGAAGAUCCGGUUAACAUAGAUUUAAGAAUGGCGAUGAUAAACACAUUACUAAAGAUGGAGUGCUGUGUGAGUGGAACACACACGCUGGAUGAUGUGGGUCUGGGAGCCUUUGGCAUGUAUAAGACAUUUCCAGGACUGGACUGCACUUUCCCAGGAGGAUAUGAAGGUUUAAUUGAUAACAUGAUGAAGGGUCUUCCCAAAGACAUAGUCUUGUACAACAAGCCGGUAAAGUGCAUUCACUGGAACAACACGAAGAAUGGACCAGACACUAAAACCCUCCCUGUUUUGAUUGAAUGCUGUAAUGGAGAGACAUUUGCAGCCGACCAUGUUAUAGUCACUGUCCCACUAGGGUACCUGAAGAAGCAUAAGGACACUUUCCUGAGCCCUUCUCUUCCAUUGCACAAAUUGCAUUCCAUUCAGAGAAUGGGUUUUGGGACCAACAACAAGAUCUUCCUUGAGUUCGAGCAGCCUUUCUGGGAUGAUGAGUGUGAACUGAUCUACCUUGUGUGGGAGGAUGAGACGGAUCUUUCUGAUGUUGUUUCCGACGUAAAGAUGUCCUGGAUUAAAAAGAUAUUUGGAUUUACUGUGCUCAGGCCCACAGAGAAAUUUGGACACGUGCUCUGUGGAUGGAUUGCGGGACAUGAAUCCGAGUACAUGGAGACACUGUCCGAAUUGGAAGUGUUACAAAGUGUCACACAGCUUCUUCGUAAAUUUACUGGGAAUCCAACUGUUGCACCAAGAAGGCUCUUGAGAUCACAAUGGUUUCAUAAUCCAUAUUCCUGUGGCUCUUACACCUAUGUGGCCAAAGGUUGCUCAGGAUAUGAUAUAGAUAACCUUGCUGAGCCUCUUCCACUAAAUGGCGGUAAUUCAAAGCCUUUGCAGGUGUUGUUUGCAGGAGAGGCCACACAAAGGUCCUUCUUCUCUACAGUUCAUGGAGCAUUGAUGUCGGGUUGGAGAGAAGCAGAGCGUCUUAUAUCUCACUACACUCCUACAUCUGGUUCAUUCACAUCUAAUUUGUGAAAACUCCUCAUGUUAGAGAGGGAUGAAGAUCUUUAUAAAAAUUAUAUUUUUGAGA